UCAGUUUAAAUCAAACUUUCAUUCCUCAAACUUACUAAAAUGUUUUCUUCAAAAGUUUUCACUUUAACUUUAAUCAUUCUUAUUGUCAGCUGCAUGGUCGAAUCAAAAUCGACUAACGGCAAUCUAGAAAGAGUCAAACGUGGAGGAUGUGCAAAUGGAGGUAUUCCCCCUUAUUGCUGUGCUAAUCGUUCACGUAGCCCAUACUGCUGUGCAAAUGGCUCUCCAUCGCCUUACUGUUGUGCAAACCAUUCAAUGAGACCUGACUGUUCAUAAGUUAUGAGCAAAAGUUACAUGAUGACAGCUGCCGGCUUUAAAAUUCUUUACUUUCUUCAAACAUUUCCUUUAUUUUAAAAAAACCAAUUGGAAUGAUUUUAGAGAUUCA